AUGGGCAGGGAUGCCCACGAGCUCAACUUCUACAGCCACCGGAAGGCUCGCUGCCGAGGCCUGGAUAAACCUCGUCCAUCGCAUGACAUGCAGCCGGGCAGAGGUGGUGACGAUGGGGCGACCUCCAUUGUAGACAAUGCCAGCAAGUUCCACAUUAGGCAAGAUCAAGAGGAAACUGGACGGACCCCAGGGAUUGUACAAGAGGAUAGUGAUGUUCCUUUGACCCUUUCAUUUGAGAAGUAUGACCUGGAAAAGCUCCCUGCAACGAUUGGAUCUAGUUCGGAUUAUCUUGGCUCUAUAUCAGGAUUUGGUUGCUCUAAAAUUGAUGAAGAUAGCACCAUUCUAGGGGGAAAUGAGAACCAAGUGAAACCAUCUCAUUCUAUUGGUAGAAAUUAUUCAAGGCAAUGCUUGGGUGGCAAAAGGCUGCUUGGGUAUGCUACUAAUAUAUAUCAAAGCAAAGGAACAAGCAGCCUAGACUUGAUAGCUGGGAAAUCUUAUAUAAGGGAGCCUGAUCAGAAUGUGCAUAUCAGAGUUAAUCAGGACAUAAAGAACCCGAAGGAGGUUCGUGCUCUUUCGAUUACUAAUGCUGGAAAAAUUACUUAUUCGCUCCAUGACAGAUUAAGUAAGACAGAAACGUCAUGUAGCAAAAGUGAAAGGAAAAGAUGGGAAACAAAUCUUAAGAAAGGUUGCAGGCCUCGGAAUACAGUAUCAAAACUGACAUCAAUUAUACCACUUGCAAAACAAAAUCAGCAGGCAUCAAAAUCAUGUGCAAAAAGAGAUGUUAGAGUGAGGGCACUUAAGGUGGCGGCAACUGCAAAGCGUCGUGAAGAGAAGAAGCAAACCGAGCGUGAAAUGCACAAAGCAGCUGUGAAACUAGAGCUUCAAAGAUUAAAGCAAGAGAAAGAGCACAGACAAAAACAAGUGGAGCACGAGAAGAAAACAGGAGCAGACUUUAUUACUACGAAGAGGCAGAGAGAAGGUGAUGGAAAGAGGGAGAAUGACAGAAAAAAGAAAUGUGCUGAAGAGGCACCGAAACAUCAAAAGCAGCUGGAGGAAAUAAUACAUUCUACAAAUACCGUGAAAGAUGCCUGUCCAAAAGAUACUGAUGGCAAGGAUCUUGUGGAGAAUUUAGUCGAAAGGGUAGGAAAUCAAUUAUUAUCUGAUGAAAGGAUGGAAUCUGUUCAGAGACUUUUGGCAUCUGAAAGCAGCAGUGUGAAGGCCAUGUAUGCAGAUUGUAAAUCAGCAGGUUCUGGGCUUCAGGUUCCGGAAAACUUGUCAGACAAUGUGGGGUCCUAUGGAAUGACACCUUAUGAAGAUUCUGAUGCAAAGGAUUUCGAAAUCUUGGAGCGUCAAAGGGAAAUAAGGCGUAGAUGUAAAUUGAUUCCAUCAUGGGCUCAGGAAGAAAACUUAGAUAAAAUAUUGGUAUCCAAUCUGGCUUUAGACCCCAGAGAAGUUUUUGCUCGUGAGUGUUCUGCCAUUUUAUCUGAUGUUCUUACGCCUGGCAUUCCUCAUCAGCCAUUCAAUUAG